CGAGGGUAAGAGAAGCUACAACAGACCGACGUCCUCACUUGACAACUCACAGGCGUAGAGCUUAAAACCAACGCAGGGCAGUGCAAGUUCAUCAAACUAGUUUUCGCAGUUGUAGGAUUACAUACUCACACAAGCUCGUGAAAAUGUUCAAGAACACAUUUCAGAGUGGAUUUUUGUCCAUACUUUACAGUAUCGGUAGCAAACCAUUACAAAUAUGGGACAAGACGGUCCGAAAUGGGCACAUCAAACGAAUCACUGACAAUGAUAUCCAGUCCUUAGUUUUAGAGAUUGUUGGAACAAAUGUCAGCACCACAUUUAUCACAUGUCCAGCAGACCAAAAGAAGACACUUGGCAUCAAACUUCCAUUUUUGGUGAUGAUCAUCAAGAACUUGAAGAAAUAUUUCACAUUUGAAGUUCAGGUAUUAGACGAUAAGAACGUGAAGAGGCGAUUCAGGGCAAGCAAUUACCAAAGCACGACACGUGUCAAACCUUUCAUCUGUACCAUGCCCAUGAGACUGGAUGAUGGCUGGAACCAGAUUCAGUUUAACUUGUCAGACUUUACGAGAAGAGCUUAUGGAACAAACUACAUUGAGACGCUUAGAGUACAGAUUCAUGCCAACUGCCGUAUCAGGAGGGUUUACUUUUCGGACAGAUUAUACUCAGAAGAUGAAUUGCCUGCGGAAUUCAAGCUUUAUCUCCCUGUUCAAAAACCAGCAGCCGGAAUGGCGAAGUAACAACGGACAUUAUUAUAAAUUUGUUAUUUACAUGAAUCGAAAAAAAUUUUUUGUAUGAAAUUGUUGACAGAGGAAUAAUCUCCUCCAAACUAAAUUAUAACUGCCAUGAAAACACUGUGCCACUGUGAAAGAGUGAGUGGCUAUAUGACAUAGCAGGCAAAUCAAAAUUUGGUCUGUGCUGGCGAGACCUAAAAACAUCUGAAAAUUUUCGCAUUGUGUAUUGUUGAUUGAAUCAUGUUGGAUUAAAAUAAGUGAAGUAUUCAAGCUACAUGGCUGUGUUUUCAUAUUGUGUAGAUAUCAACUGACAUGGGCAGAUAACUCCUGUGUCAGGGGGGAUAACUGAGAAUGCUACUGAGGAGCGUUGUAGGUGGUACAAGCAUUUGAUCGAAAUGGUGGAUCAUCUUGAACCCAAAAAUGAUCAGCUUUGUAAAUUAUAUUGCCAACGAGGACACUGCAUGCAGCACUGAUGCAAUACACAUGUCUGCAGCAUUGGGUGGGGCAGGGAAUAGGUUAUAAUUUAUUACACUCUAGAACCAGAUCUGACAAUUAAUUGCUGUCAUAAUACACAUAAAAUUGUACUUUAAUCCCAUCUGUAAUGUGUAAUUUGCAUUUUGUAAUCAGCCAUUUCAUGUUGAAUAUCUUGAUAUUGUAAAUACUUC